UCCGGGCAGGAAGACGCUCCCGGCUCCGCCACAGACGCUCGGUUCGGUGUUUCAGGGUGAAAGAUGCAGAGCGGCGCUCACGGCUUCGACCCGGGGAGUUCUAUAAAGCAUCCUCAGACCGUCCUGCGCUCUCUGCUCUGGGCAUUUUCUGUUGCGGUCUUAACGAUCGGUGCGUCGUCUCUGGUGAAUGUCAAGUGUGUGUUUAUCCAGACCUGCAGCCUCACAAUGGGAGUUGGAAUCCUGACCUUCUUGGGCUGUGUUGUGGUUCUCCUACUGGAUGUUUUCUUCCUGAAAAUCAGCAAUGCCAAAGUGAGGAAAUAUAUCGUGACAGGGAAUUUGAUCUUCACAGGGUUUUGGACCGUGUUGUGGUUCAUCUGCUUCUGCUUCCUGUUGAACCUGUGGGAAAACCAGUUCCACUAUCCCCGCUGGUACAGGAGAAAUGACGAUGAACACCAUCCUGUCCUCGGCUUCUCCUUCUUCUCCAUCCUAUCCUGGAGCGUCUUGUUCUGCUUUGCGUAUCAACACUAUCGUGAGGAAGUGACUGACUUCAACCAGGAACACAUUGACAAAUGCCGCCCCUGCACCAUCACCUGUGUCCCGCAGCCAGGGCAGACCGGGGAGCCCCAGCCUCCAUCUGACUCACAGGCAUGAAUGCCACCAGGAAUAUUUCCCGCGGUCUCGUGGUUCACUCCGCUGUACCAAAGAAAAACUGGUGGUUUGUGAAGCUGGUCCUCCUUCAGCCUCAGUGCAGCUCCUCUGUGCUCCUUUGCGUAGCGAUGGCUUUACUGCGUGAACUUGAGGGUGUGCAGUGGGUUCAUCAGAAUUUCAAACGUCUGAAAUAAAGACAUUUCAUUUUUGCACUAGUGUGAUCUGUUAUGAUUCAACGUCAGCUAAUGCAACCCACAUCGUCCUGUCUUUGGUCUUCACUUAGAUUUUUAAAGCUGUUUUCUUUUGUCUGGUCUUUUAUUUGACGUAGCUUGAAAUGGUAAGACGGAUGCUUUAAAAUGCUACUUCAGCACUUUGGAAACAGUUCAUGAAAUCAGUACAAUAAUCAAUGGACAAUUGAUAUUAAAAGUACCUUUCCAGGAAUGUAAAACAUGAGACCCUCUGGACGGCAAACAGCUCAAAUGAAGCAUCUGUUAUCAUCUUCAGUGCUGCUCGUAUAAGUGCCUUUAACAAUGUUCAAUGUAUGGAAAAGCAAUUUAAAGAAAAAAUAAAUAAA